CCGUGAGCAAGCGAGUCCCAAAGGGUGCCGUGUGCGCGCGCAAUUCCUCUGACAAGAACAGCACGAACGCAGGAACAGUAGACAACAUCUGAAACAACAAACAAACAAACAUCAACAACACAACCUGAAGUGCAGUGACCGUGGAUUAACACCCGGACCGAGCGGGAUUAUUUGUGGGAUUGUCUCUUUGUUGGAGCAUGUAAACGGACAGACUCCGGUGGAAGAUGAGAAGCAGGCGCGCGGAGAGCGAGCACACGCGCGCUGAAGCGGAUUGUGGCCGCGCGGAGCGGCGCUCGCGGAGUGCACCGAGGCCCCAGCUGUGCCCGCCGCUGCCAGAUGUGCCGUUAGCUUAGCAUAAACACGCAGAGACCGCGGGACGGUACCGGAUAUAGCGCGUUUUUUUUCAGCGACUGUGCGGCUUUGUAGGGUUUUUCUCGCUUUAUUCUCUCACAUAUUUUAAGUCAAAGACCGACUAGCAUUACCGCUAGGCACUUAGUUUGGCUAAUCACAGCUAGCCAAUUAGCAUAACCGCAAGCAUCUGGUAUAUAUGCUAAACUGGCUAAUCACAGUUAGCUAGCCGGACAAAAUUUCCCUGAAUCCGAUUAGCUCGGCUAAUUAGACGAUUAGAACAACCGUGGGCAGCUAGUGGGGGCUAGUAAUUACAUUGAGCUAAUUAGGCUAUUAUUAAAGUCAGUCAGAGAAGUAGGGAAGUAAAAAAAAAAAAAAAAAAAAAAGGUUUUAAAUAAAAUAGUUUUUUAAGUUUCCCGGUCGUGUCACUAGUUAGUUAGUUAGUUAGUUAGUUAGUUAGUUAGUUAGCCAGUGGCUAGCUCUGCUUGAGGUGUGUGUGUGUGUGAGUAAGUGAGUGAGCGGGCUGCACUGAGCGCGCAGGCCGAUGAGGAGAGUCCAAACACGGGCACGAGCCACGGCGUCGCUCCGCAGGCAUGCAGCAGUCCGGAUACGACUUCUCCAGCGAGGAGAACAGCUCCAAGUGGAGAGGCCUUUUCGUGCCUGCGCUCAGGAAGGUGCAGUUACAGGUGCAUCCAAACCUGUCAGCUAAUGAAGACGCUCUGAGGCACAUAGAAGACCUCAUUUUACAGCUGCUCAACAUGUUGUGCGUCAGUCAGCCCAGAACUGUCUCUGACGUGGAGGAACGCAUCCAGAAGACCUUUCCGUACCCUAUAGAUAAGUGGGCAAUGGCCGAUGCUCAGUCAGCUAUAGAGAAGCGCAAGCGCAGGAACCCUCUACUACUUCCUGUGGACAAGAUCCACCCUUUACUGAAGGAAGUGUUGGGCUAUAAGAUCGAUUACCAUGUGUCCCUGUACAUUGUGGCUGUGUUGGAGUACAUCUCCGCUGACAUACUCAAACUGGCCGGGAAUUAUGUAGGAAACAUUCGGCAUUUUGAGAUCAGCCAGCAGGAUAUCAAAGUCUCAAUGUGUGCAGAUAAGGUGCUGAUGGACAUGUUUGAUCAGGAGGAGGUGGGCCUGUUGUCUCAGUGUACAGAGGAAGAUUCAACCACAGGUGAACUCACCUAUGAUGAUCUGGUCCGGUUAGAAAUGGCGGAGGAACGGCGCUACCUGCGAGAACUUGACCUCAUCAUUAAAGUGUUUCGCAGAGCCUUCCUGUCCAUCAGCAGACUUUUCAGCCCACAGGAUGUGGAACUGGUGUUCAGUAAUAUUCUUGAGGUUCAUGAGCUGACAGUGAAGUUGUUGGGUCUGAUGGAAGAUGCAGUGGAAAUGACAGAAGAUGGGAGUCCACACCCUCUGGUGGGCAGCUGCUUUGAGGACCUUGCUGAGGAACAAGCCUUUGACCCCUAUGAGACUCUCUCCCAGGAAAUUCUCUCCAAAGAGUUCAAUGAUCAUUUCAGUACCCUCAUGUCCCGCCCCACUGUGGCUCUGCAUUUCCAGUCAAUUGCUGAAGGUUUUAAGGAGGCCGUGCAGUAUGUUCUUCCCCAGCUGAUGUUGAUUCCUGUUUAUCAUUGCAUACACUAUUUUGAACUACUGCAGCAACUGCAGGAGCGGAGUAAAGACCAUGAUGACCGGGAACAUCUAAAGCAGGCUCAGACAGCUCUGCUGAACCUUCAAAGCAGCAUCGAACGCAUCUACAGCAAACACCAUCCACGCCGCAAGCCAGGUGAGCCUCUGUAUCGCUUGUACAGCCGACCGGUUCGCAGUAAAUAUCUGGCCAUAAAGCGUAUGAGUGAGAUUCAAAGGAGCAUCGACGGUUGGGAAGGCAAAGACAUCGGUCAGUGCUGCAGCCAGUUCAUCCUGGAAGGGCUGCUGGUACGUGCUGGUGCCAAGCACGAACGCUACAACUUUCUGUUCGAUGGCCUGAUGAUUAGCUGCAAGGCCAGUCAGAGUUCUCGACUGCUGGGGGCGGAAUUUCGGCUAAAGGAAAAGUUUGUACUUCGUAAGUACCGUGUGGUGGAUCGCGAAGACACACCGGAGCUACGCUUUGCCUUUGAGCUAGUGGGGCGUGAGGAGGGUGGGGCCGUGUUUUGUGCACGCUCGGCAGAGGAGAAGAAUGUGUGGAUGUCAGCGCUUUUGAUGCUACAGUGUCGCUGUACUCUGGAGCGCAUGCUGGACGCCGAGCUGCAGAAGGAGGAGCAGGAGCAGCCACUUCGUCUCCCGUCUCCUGAUGUGUACCGAUUUACCGUGCAUGAUUCAGAGGAGAACAUCGUGUUUGAGGAGAACAUGCAAAGCAAAACCGGCAUCCCGAUAAUUAAAGCGGGGACCGUCGACAAGCUCAUCGAGAGACUCACCUACCACAUGUAUGCAGAUCCAAAUUUUGUGCGGACUUUCUUGACGACGUAUCGUUCCUUCUGCAAACCACAGGACCUCCUCACACUUCUCAUCGAAAGGUUUGAGAUUCCUGAGCCUGAGCAAUCGGAGGCAGAGCUUGAGUCAGUUUGGAAUGGGGAUCAGCCAAUGGCAGCUGAGCUCCAGAGAUUUCGAAGAGAAUACGUGCAACCUGUCCAGCUUAGGGUUUUAAAUGUGUUCCGUCAGUGGGUGGAGCAUCAUUUCUAUGACUUUGAAAAUGAUACAGAAUUACGCAAUAGACUAGAGGACUAUAUCACCAACCCACUGCAGCUCAGAGGAAAGUCUAUGCGUAAGUGGGUGGAGUCUAUCAACAAGAUCAUUAAGCGAAAAAUGCAGACACAACCGAAUGGCAUCAGUCAUAACAUCACCUUUGAGAAUCCACCGCCUUCCUUUGAGUGGCACAUCAGUCAGCCUGGCCAGGUCGAGACCUUUGACCUGAUGACUCUUCACCCCAUUGAGAUUGCACGACAGCUCACACUGUUGGAGUCUGACCUGUACAGGGCUGUGCGUCCGUCGGAGUUAGUGGGCAGUGUGUGGACGAAAGAAGAUAAGGAGAAGAACUCUCCUAACCUGUUGAGGAUGAUCCGACACACCACCAACCUCACACUUUGGUUUGAGAAGUGUGUGGUGGAGGCAGAGAAUAUGGAGGAGCGGGUGGCGGUAAUGAUGAGGAUAAUUGAGAUCCUCCAGGUUUUCCAGGAGCUUAACAAUUUUAAUGGGGUUUUAGAGAUUGUUAGUGCCAUCAACUCUGUACCUGUGUACCGCCUGGAACACACCUUUGAGGCUGUUCCUGAGAGAAAGAAAAAGUUUCUGGAGGAGGCGGUGGAGCUCAGCCAGGAUCAUUUUAAAAAGUACUUAGCAAAACUCAAAUCCAUCAACCCGCCCUGUGUGCCAUUCUUUGGUAUCUACCUGACCAACAUACUGAAAACGGAGGAGGGAAAUCCGGAUUUUUUGAAGCGUCACGGAAAAGAGCUGAUCAACUUCAGUAAGAGACGCAAAGUGGCUGAGAUCACUGGUGAGAUUCAGCAGUACCAGAACCAGCCGUACUGUCUGCGGGUAGAACACGAUAUCAGGAGGUUCUUUGAGAACCUGAACCCCAUGGGCAGUAUGACUGAGAAGGAGUUCACUGAUUAUUUGUUUAAUAAAUCUCUGGAGAUCGAACCACGCAACAGCAAACAGCCUCCACGAUUUCCGAGAAAGACACUGUACCCUUUGAAGUCCCCAGGGGUGCGUCCCGUGAGACAGGUGGGGGUCGGGAGUGGGAACCGUUGUCAUCUUGCACCGUUAGAGCGUGAUCCGCUGCCCAAAAUCACCUUCAGGAGCAUCGCUGAGAUCGAGACGGAGAGCAUGAUCUCAUUGCCCACUUCGCCCAACACGCCCACCCAGACACCCCCGCCAUCUGCCUGCUCUGAUCUUAACUCCGUCUUUAUGGACCAUGACACCUGUGGUAACAGUAUUUUUGCUCCUGUCCUGUUGCCUCCUACCAAGUAUCACUCAGUGUCCUGUGGCAGUCUGCAUCAGCUGGGUGAUGAGCUUUUGAAACCUCCACCACUGCCUCCACGUAGGAAGGAUGCAUCCUCAGAGAGCAAGUUGAGUUCCCAAUCGGACAGUCCACCGGCGAUUCCUCCUCGGCUGAGAACCCCUCUUCCUCUCCCUACUCUUCCUCGUUUCACACGAGGAAUCGGUGAACAGAUGGAUGGUUCUUCAAGUCCCCCACCCCCUCCACCCCCUCGUGACCCCAUCCCAGAAGUUAUACCUCCUGUACCUCAGCGACCCCCUGAAAGCUUCAUCAACUGCCCUAUGAACCCUGCUGUUUCUCCAGUGGGACGCAUUCAUUGGGAUUACUGCAGCUCGCCCUCGUCCCCCUGCACCCCGCCAGGCACACCCUCCCCUCGCCUUCCACUGCCCCACCCAGGCACUCCGUCUCCCCGCGUUCCUCGCCGCCUCUGCCCCUCCCCUGGCCCUGCACCACCCAACAUAUGCCACCUGCCUCCUCCCGUUCCACCCAGACACAAUUCUACACCACCGACCUUGCCCAAACUGCCCCCAAAGACUUACAAGAGAGAGCUGUCUCACCCCACACACACACUCUCGCCACCAUCGAUACACACACUGUCAGACAGCAGCCAGUGAACACCAACCUUCAUUUCAUUUCUGGGCCAAGAUGGGGGCUGAGCUAUUCCAGUAUCCUGGUUUGAAUGAGAUACCUUCAUAACCCCUUUGUGAUUUGGUGGACAGUUUAACUAAGGCUUCUCCCACUCUGGCACAGGGACAGUUGCUCGAGGACAUGGGGUGUGUGUUUGACUUUUGUAAACACUGUUCACUAACCAAGCCCCUUUUUAUAACAAACAGAAAGUUCUGAGCUUGCUCUCAAAGCUGUCUGGGUCACCGAUGAUGUCAUGCCGGCUGCGGAUGUCACAGGAAGCCUGGACAGUGAUUGGACGCUGGAGAUGUAGUAGGACUCUCGCUGCUGUUCUUCAACACGGCCAAAGUCUUAACCAUGUACUGCGGAGGUCAGAGGUCAAAGAUGACCGACCCCUGUACCAAGCCGCUCUUAUGCUGCCUUUUACUUUACUUACAGCCAUGAUCUUUGACCUGAGACUGUGACAGCCAUGGAGCCUGGAGCAUUGGACUUGAAGGAUUGGUUCACAUGGCAGAACUGUGUCUUUAUUUAAAGCCAUUAAAACGCCAAGAUGAUGUCUUAACAACACAAACAGUACAUUUCCCAUAAUGCAACUCCUCAGUGAUUGUUGUGAAUAUGAGUGCAAUGUGAGGAGGCGGAGCUUGUUUGGCUCGAUGAUGGUGGUGAUGAUGAUGAUGAUGAUGACCAUGAUGACAUCAGACGUGCCUUUUACACUGUUACCCGAACAAAAGUGACUUUCUAGAGCCUUCAUCAUGCUCAGAACAAAGUGUACACUACCACUGUGUGUGUGUGUGUGUGUGUGUGUGUGUGUGUGUGUGUGUGUGUGUGUGUGUGUGUGUGUGUGUGUGUUCUCUACACUGUUCUUCUUGAUCUUGUGUCGUUGCUCAGCGCUACACAAACCCAAAACACAACCCGCCUUAAUAACAAUCGCUGACAAUCGUAGCAUUAGUUGCAAUGAUCUCCCUCUAUUCACACACACACACACACACACACGUUACACUUGUUACACAGCUGAAUGAAAGUGUUUCCAUUAAAUCCUACUCUGUUCAAAUAGAUGGGCUGUGUCCCAAACCACUAGCACACUAAAAUAUGUGCCCAAUUGGGAUUCCUUAACACACACAGGCAUACGCCCUACUAUUCCACAGUCAUGGACAUUAAUGGUUAUGUCCUGAACUGCAUCCACCUAUGCACCAACAAUGGUACAUACUUUAUAGCAAGGAUGAUUAUAGUCACAAUGCUAGCUUCUGGUUACUGCCUGUGGCCCAAACCACUUACUAGUGUACUAAACUUUCUAAAGGUGGUGCACUAUUUUAACAUACUAUUCAGUGAACUAUUUAUAAGGUUUGGGACAUGUCCAUAAGGAGACUUAUAAUCAUACAUUCUGUAACAAACCACAUAAUAGUGUGCUAAAGUCAAACGUGGCUUAGUUUAAAUAGUGUUCUAUAAAGUAUACUGUAGUAUACUGUUCAUGCUGUGUGUGUGUGUGUGUGUGUGUGUGUGUGUGUGUGUGUGUGUGUGUUGGGAGGGUUCAGUCCUGAUAUACUAAUGAAAUAAAUAGUGUUAUCUGCCAUGGGCUGUGUCCCAAACCACUACUCAUGUACUACAUAGGCUUUGUUUGACACACUGUCUAGUCUCACUCAUGGAGAGAUCGGAACACCUCCUUUAUACACAGUCUUCUACCAAUGUGUGUCCCAAUUCACACACUAGUGUGCUAAAUUGCUACCAGAGGUGUGCACAAUUCUAGUGUACUUUACAUAUUCAUGAUUAAUAAUAAAAAAAAAAAAAACAGGUGGAUGGAAACACACAUUUUUGCCUGUUACAGAGGUUCGCGCUGAUUUGUCGACACGACGUGUGUGUGGCCUCGUUUUUUUGUUUCUUUUUAUUUGCACUUUAGGGCCGUACUGUUAAGGAGGUGUCCCCAGGUCUCAUGACCUGCUCCCUGCCUCUCACCCUUAAUUCUCACUUUGGCCUGGCUGUGUCCCAAAUGCCUCACUAGUGCCUAGUGUUGCUUUCUGCACCCUGCAUGCUCAUUCCUCUCACCACACAUGUACAAUCAAAGGAGCUCAGACACAUGGAAGUGUUCAUGUCAAUAAUCUCCACCUCCCUACUUAGUGCCCUUGUCAGGAGUGCAUACUUUCUAAAGAAGUUCCCUUAACAGCAUGCAUGCUAAUUGUGUAUACCCUGCCCACUCUCACUUCCUGCCUAGUGCCCUAACUUUUUACCUGCAUGCUUACUGCAGAAAGCCUCCUGUAAUCUAGUGCCCUUAUUCAGGAUGAUUUGGGACACAGCCACACUCUCUGCCUCUCACAGGGGAGAAAACGAGGGCUGUUUCUCAAUCUCCCUCAUACAAAUUCCCUUGAUUUUUUAGCCUUUGAGAGGUGCAUUAAUGAUGUCACACUCUGUUAUGCUUCACCGUGUGCUCAGGCCGUGUGUUUGUGUGUGUGUGUGUGUGUGUGAGAGAGAGAGAGAGAAGUGUUUAGGGGUGUGGCCUGUAUCCUGUUCUGUAUGGGACUCAUUAAUAAACAGCCAGUCUUAUUUUGUACAGAA